GUGCGGCAUUUACCGCCAUCAUGGCGGAUCAAGACGUCUAUGACAUCCUGUGCACAGAAUUUCGAGAAGCGAGGACCGACUCUCCCGAAGUUCAGCCCGCUGAAACUCCUGAUGAACACGACGUAAUAAUCAUAGUUGAAGGGGAGGAGUUCAAGGCGCACAAGGCCAUUCUUACCAGCCAUAGUGACUAUUUCUGCUCUGUUUUCAAAGACCAUUUUAGCGAGGGCCUUUCGUCGAACUGCGAGGUCCGCCUGACGUGUACAACAUGUCAGGGCAUGAGGGGAAUUCUGGACUACAUGUACACUGGUAAGGUCCUCAUCGACCGCAGUAAUGUCGCAGAACUGUUCACGGGUGCUCACUACCUUCUCAUGCCCAAACUAAAGGGAUAUUGCGUCUCGUUCCUCGAAAAGAACACAGACGUUUCUUCCUGUUUACAGGUCAAGUCGUUGGCGGAGUUCUACAGUAUCGAGUUGCACGGCUUGUUGGAACAGAGUCGAGAAUUCAUCAGGAACCAUUUCACAGAACUGGCAGACAGUGAUCCAGUUCUACAAAUUUCUUCAGAAGAUUUGCUUGAAAUAGUAGCAGACGACAUGUUACGCGUUAAAGACGAGCAGUCUGUAUACAGUCUUGUGGUCAGGUGGACCAACCAUGACCUUGAAAAGAGAAGGCAGCACUUCCCUAUGCUGCUUCAGAACGUCCGCCUGCCACAGUUGGGGGAAGACUUCUUAGCAAAUGUUGUAUUAAAGACGAAACUAGUGGCGGAGGAUGUCACAUGUAAGGAACUAGUCAAAGAGGCAAUCACAAUAAUACAAAACCCGCCCGAGUUUGAAGAAGACAGUCUUGGGGUGAUGAGUAGGGCAAGACGUGGCACCCUGAGAAAUGUUGUCACUGUCAUCAAUUCUCAGGACAUUUUCUGUUUGGAUAUAGAUGAGAACUGCUGGGGAAGGCUGAAGACAAGCACAGAUAAGUGCCUGUGGUCUCAGGCUGUUGCAAUGCUGGAUGGUCACUUGUAUCUUGCCGGUGGAUCAUCAGAUGGUAUCCAAGCCACCAAUGAUGUCCACCGGUUUGAUCCUCUGACCAACCAGUGGUACUAUGUGUGCCCCAUGAAAGUUCGCAGACAGGACUUCUGUCUAGUGCCACUGGACGGAAAACUCUAUGCAAUAUGUGGCUCGCUAGGAACAGGGUCUCGAUACAAGUCUCAUGUAUCAGUGGAGAGCUACAGUCCAACACAAAACACAUGGACAUUUGUUGCCUCAACAUGGAAACCUUGCUUCAACAGCCAAGCAAUAGCCAGUGCUAAUACCCACCGUAUCUACUGCCUUGGAACAGAGUUGUCAACAUCUUCAGCAAGACAGAACACAGUGUUCCUGAGGUACAACAGUGAAGUUGACCAGUGGGAAACAAGAAGCAGUCCCCGAGCAGAUGUCCUGGGUUCUAUUCUGCAGCUAGCUGGUGAUGAAGUGAUCCUCCAGGACCUGGUCGUUGGUAGAACCCAGAUGUACCAGGAUGUAGCGGACCUGUGGGUGUUGGUGCCCAGCCACAUCAGUGCCAUACCUGACCACAGACACUCCUUCACCAGCUGUGCAGUGGACAGUAGGAUUUUUGUCUUUGGUGGAGAACAACACUGGGCAGGGAUGUGGUCGGGCAGUAUUCCUCGAGACACCUACCAGGAGGCCUUUGUCUACGACAAGGAGUCUGAAGCUAGGCUAUGGCAGGCCCUUCCUGAAGUGCCUGCUAGAGUCAUGGGACAGUCUACAUGCUGCAAGAUGCAAGUGCCACUUGAAUACCUUGAGAUUGUUUUGUCUUAGGCUGUUAAUGUUCACGUCUGUCAAAAAAAUGAAAGUUGACAAUUUGUGUUACUCUUUGAAAGAGUAUUAAUUUAAGGUACUCAAUGGGUUUAUUUUGGAACAUAAAAUUUGUAAUUAGAUCUUGAUAAUGAUUAUAGAACUCAUCAGACAUGAUACAUAUGAUACAUGUGUAAGAUGAUGAAGGAUGGAUGGUGGUGAGAGUUUUCUUUUAGGAAAGACUUUGUAUAGUAACUAAGUAAGCAUAACUUUUGCAGUUGACAAUGCAGUCUCACAGCUUAGAUUGUUGCUGGGCACAAAUCCUCACUAAAUCCAUUAUCUUGUGUAUCUGAACCAAGGCUUAUCAUUAUGCCAGCAUGAAAGAUUUCAGAGGGAAGAAUCAUGUUAAGGGUUAUUUCUUACAGGUGUAAAAAGAGCUUCAAAGUACAUUGCAGUAGAUCUCUUCUAACAAUGCAUCCAACAAUGGUUGAAAAAACAUGAAUUCUUUGUAUGCCCUGUUAUAGUUCUCCAUGAAUAUUGAACCAUUGUGUAUUGUACUCAACAAUUCUAAAUUCCUAUGUUGAAUGCAAGUGUAACAUAGGUAAUUGCACACUAGUACUUCUGCAAUAUUUUAGGAAUAAUUUUGUCUUAAAGAAUAUGUCAUAGAUUAAACAACUUUUUCGAUUAUAAAUACAACAAUGCCAUGUAUGAAUACAAUGACAUCAUGUUUCAUCAAUUAAUUGAUCUUCAUUUUGAGGCCUAGAACUUUUGUAGAUGCCAUUAGCAAUUCAGCCAGUGUCAAGUGUCAGACUCAAUGUGGAGUAAAUGUCAAUGACAAAUUC